UACUGGUUCAGCCUUUAAAUACAGACAUUUGACACAUCCCAACAGGGGCUCGUAGUUGAGAGCAUCUGCUAACCCAAACUCAGGCUAGUUGGUGUGGCAGCCUCAUACUGCUUUGGACAGCAUGAAGGCUUUCUUAUUUACCUGUAUGCUGGUACCGUGGCUGAUGGUACUGGCAGCCUCAACCCAACAGUUCAGUGGGGAAUCACAGCUGAUACCAGGAUCUCUAUCUAGCAAGGAGCUGAGCAGAUACUUCACUGACUAUUUAAAAUCAAGGAGGGUUAGGAAGGCCCUGCCUCCUGCCGACGAACCUGACGACAGUCCAAUCCCAGAGGGGCCAGAUGCUUCAGAACUGCCAACCUGCCUGCUGUGUGUGUGUCUUACUGGCUCAGUGUACUGUGAGGAGGUCAGUCCAGACAUGACUGCAGUUCCCACACUGCCUAAAGAGACGGCCUACCUGUAUGCUCGCUUCAACAAGAUCAAAAAGAUCAGUAGCAAAGACUUUGCUGAAAUUGUGACUCUAAAGAGGAUCGAUUUGACGGGCAACCUGAUUUCAGAGAUUGAAGAUGGAGCAUUUUCUAAGCUAACCAUGCUGGAGGAAUUGUCUCUGGCUGAUAACAGACUGGUCAAACUUCCAAUGCUCCCAGCAAAACUCAAAUCCUUCAACGUCAACCACAAUCUCCUCAAAACCAAGGGUGUCAAAGCUAAUAUUUUCAAGAAAAUGACCAAGUUGGUCAACCUGUUCAUGGCCGACAACCAGCUGCAAGCGGUUCCUUACAUCCCAGACAGUGUUCGCAUCUUACAUAUACAGAACAACAACAUUACUGAGGUCAACAAAGACACCUUCUGCGGGUCUAAUGACACCUACUAUCUACGAAUGAGCCUCAGCGAGGUCCGUAUGGACGGCAACCCUGUGGUUUUAUCCAAGUACCCUGACAGCUUUGUCUGUAUGAAGGUACUGCCUGUUGGACGGUACCGCUGAGAAGGCAUAAAUUCUACUGUAGCCCCAUUGACGGAGCAGUUUUCCCACAAUGUAUGGGAAGGGGAUACUGUGAUGUUCUGGAUUUUGGGGCACUAGUGACCUUGUAUCAAUGACAUACUUCAGCAAACCUACAAACAGCUUAUAAUAUUGUCAGGUCGAAAUGAAAGCACUGAUAGUGCAGAAUUGAACAAAAUUCUUACCUCUGGAUUUUGUCUGCUAAGGAGUCUGUAGGAGCUACACAAAAGUCACAAUAUUUGGUGUAAAACCAUAUGUGAAGUCAGUGUAUCUGCUAGUUAUAAAUGUCACAACUGAAAGGUAAAGUGAAAACAUGAAAAGCCUGCCUCUUGGCUUCCUAAGCUCUCUCCAAGAACACAUGGCCAUGAUGGCACACAGUCCCUGACAGUCCUUUCUUAAAAUGAUCUUUAAAAAGUGAUAUAAUUGUAAAAAAAUGAAAACCAGCCUCCCCAUCCUUGCACAGCACACACCUUUGACAUUCCUGGCUAAUCACUGCAAAAAGAGGACUUGUCAGUUUAGGACAAUUUACAAAGAGGCAGCACGCAGACGCUGUUAACAAAUGUGACAUGCACUUGAAGCAUACAUAGCACUUGAAGCAUACUGAAGCAUUCACAAGUUAGGUAACAGUACCUGUUCAGAAAUCACCACAGAAGAGGUACCUUCUAGGGUGACUCUGAUGUUAAAGCAUGGGGAAGCAACAGUAAUAAUUGUUUAAUUUUAACCUGAUGUUGUACUACUUGGAUUAAUGAAACUACACAAACUACUUGUUACACUGAACAAAUACAUUCCUGCAGCCACAAGUCAACAGACUUGCUUGAACUACUUCUACCUUUUAGCUCAAAACACAAAAAGUUUGCUUGCUUUUUUUAAUCUGUGAAAUGAAUUUAAGAUAGAUCAGUUUUGUUGCAAUGAAUAACUACAAGUUGAGUAUUACACCCACUAAAUAUGUCCAAAUGAAGCCCAAAAAGGACCCAUCUUAAUUAGUGCAUUAAUGCUGCAACAAAAAAUAGAAAGUGAGUUUGUGACAACUAGGCUCACUGACAUACACAGCAACAUUUCAGAUUUAUAGAUGUUUUUGGUUGGACCUGAGACAAAAAAUGUUUUUAAAUGAUGUACCUCCCUGCAAAAGCAAAAAGGAAUGCUUGACACCUGCAUGUUAAUUUUGUGUCUUGUUUUCUUUAACUGAGCCUUGUCUUACGAGUGGAAACGUUUUUCAGAUAGUACUUAAAGAAAAACAGCCUGUGAGCUUGGUUAACAUUUCUCAUUACAUAAAUCUUUUGUUGCUUUGAGAUUCCUUUCUUGUCAGAUUAUUGAUCCCAGAUGACCCAUGCAGCUGACAAAUAACAGAUUGUCUUGAACUGUCUAUUAUAAAGUGUUGUGUAAGGAAAAAAUUAUAGAAACAAAUAUGACAGUUAGGGCUGCGCUCUACAAUUGUUUGAAUUAAUUUUACUUUAAAUCGUGCCAUUACUAGCGCCUUCGAUAAGGGCAACAGUCAUAUAAACAUGUCCAGCUGCGGACUUCCUCAAGUAUUUUGCAACUUACCUUCACUUUGCUCUUUUUAAUUUUAAGACAAUGUUUGACGUGUGCUGGGGAGCAAUGUAUCUCUGAACUAUAGUAAUGUGAAAUAACUCCUCUCUUAUUUAAUUGUCUGUCUUGUGUCCCUAUAACCCUUCUCCUCCAAUUAAAACACUUAAAAAAUACUUUAUACUUUAAUAAAAAAUAUUACUGAUGUGAAUAAGAUGUGAUGUACAAAUGUAUGUUAUAUGGCUAUGUUUUUAAGGUAUUUUAAUAAAAGAUACACCUUUUUCUUACAAAA